UGUUUUUUUUUUAAGGAAAAGAUGAAACUCUAUUGAAUUGCAAAACAUGAGAACAAAUUGUUGUAGCAACAAAGCUUCCCCUGCAAAUGCAAGGAAAUCCGUGUGCUGCUACCACCAAAGCUACAAGGCCUAUACUCACAUAUCCCAACUUCUUCACCCAAAUCUGCACUAUAGCAAGAAAACUUGUUGCGACAUCAAACCAACAAGUAAACAUGCCCCAAUCUCAAAUCCAAGACAACAGUCACCAACACCCAAUCUUAUUAUCCUUUUACCCACAGUGCACAUACCACCAACGCACAAUAUCAGUUCAAAAAUUUCUCCCCACCACAUCUGAUUCUUCUCCGAACAAGAGGGGAAACAACUCAUAUUUCCCUUCUCCAAACAAACCCACAUGAAGGUAAACCCAGAUUGUAAACUAAGAUCCAGGCACACCUAGAUCCAUCAGAGCAGAUCUCUCAUCAUCUUCAAAAAUUUCAUAUCUGAAAGCAAGUUCUCAGACCACCAUAGCCAACAUGCCCAAACCCAUAUGUGAUCUCUCACAAUUUCUUCUUCUUCAUCUCCUUCCAUCUUUCCAUCCCGAGUCAGCCUCCGCCGCUCCAAACCACCACAGCCACCGCUCGGUCGAACCUCCACCGUUAGCACCGUGAAGCUAUUUCCAUGUCUCAAUCUCUCUACUUCUUUAAUGUGUUCCUCGCGUUUUUCUAGGUGAAACAGCUUCUCCUAUUUCUCUUUGAACGUGUGUGUGUGGGUGAUUGAAAAGGGAAGAGGAGAAAGGGAGUAAGGUGGGUGUUGGGUUGGAAAGACAGUGUGAAGAUGAUCGUGAACACGAAGUUGAUGGUGGUGGGCGGAGAAGUUAGGGUUUAAAGUUGAAGGCUGAAGGUUGGGAUGGUGGUGGAUGAGGAAUUGCAGACGAUGAAGGUUCUGGAAAAGUUAGGACUUGGGAGAGGCAGCCGUUAUUCACUCCGGCGCGAUGCAAAACGGUUCUACUCCGAUGAACUCAACGGAGCUGAAGCUGACGGAGCUACUGAAGGAGGUUCAGAUAAACCACUCACCUCACUUCACUAAGCUCGUCGACGACACCGUCGCCGCCAUCAAAGCUUCCAUCGACACCAUCCCCGACGACUUCAAGGUAACUGCUGAUUUAGCAUCGAGUUUCGUUAAGGACAUUGGUGCUGAUAAGGUGGAGUUCAAGUUCAAGAAGCCAUCGUUUGUGAAGAUUGGUGGCAGUUACUCCACACAAACUCUUACAAGACCUGAAUUGAACAUUGACCUAAUUAUCAGGUUACCAAAGGAAUGCUUCCAUGAAAAGGAUUAUUUGAAUUACAGAUACCAUGCCAAGAGGUGUCUUUAUCUUUGCUUGAUUAAGAAGUAUUUGGAGAGCUCUUCAUCUAUUGAUAGAGUUGAGUGGUCUACCAUGCAGAACGAAGCGCGAAAGCCUUUACUCAAUGUCUAUCCGGCUGCAAAGCUUGCUGAAUUUCCUGGUGUUUUCGUGAGAAUUAUUCCGUCGGCCGCGUCUUUAUUUAACGUCCAAAAGCUGAACCUGAAGCGUAACAACAUUCAUAAUUUGAAUACUGGGACUGCCAUUCAGGCUACGCCCAAGUACAAUACUAGUAUCCUGGAAGACAUGCUUAUAGAAGAUACAGAGUUCAUUAACAAUUUUUUUCUUGGAUGGAAGGAACUAAGAGAGGUUUUAAUCCUACUGAAGGUAUGGGCUCGACAGAGAAGCUCAAUAUAUGUUCAUGAUUGUCUGAAUGGAUUUUUGAUUUCCAUCAUUCUGGCAUAUCUUGCUUCUAAGCAACAAAUCAGCAAGUCAAUGAAGGCAAUUGAAAUAAUUCGCAUUACCUUGAACUUCAUUGCCACUUCAGAAUCAUGGAGUCGAGGGCUCUACUUCCCGAAGGAAGGCCCAAGCAAUAUUACAAAAGAGGAAAGGAUGCAACUUAAAGAAUCAUUUCCAGUUGUUAUACGCCAUCCAUCUGGAGGAUUCAAUUUGGCUUUUCGAAUGUCUAAGAUUGGUUUUAUUCAGUUUCUAAAUGAGGCUGCUUUGACACUUAAGUGCAUGGAGAAGUGUAGAGAUGGUGGAUUUGAGGAAGUUUUUAUGACUAAGAUUGACUGUGCUGUUAAAUAUGACUAUUGUAUGAGAAUACAUUUGAAGGGAAAGAAGGAGGUAUAUGCAUCAGGAUUUUGUUUGGAUGAUGAGUGUUGGAGAUUGUAUGAGGAGAAAAUACAUGGCAUUUUAGCUAAAGGAUUGAAUGAUAGAGCAAAAUUCAUUCGAGUUAUGUGGAGAAAUGCACAGUGCCAGUGGAGCGUGGAUGAGGGCUUGUCAGUACUUGACAAAGAGCCCUUGUUCGUAGGAAUUUCUGUGAAUACUUUGGAGAAAGCAUUUAGGAUGGUUGAUAUAGGCCCAGAUAGUGACAAUAAAGUAGAGGCUCUUGAAUUUCGAAAGUUUUGGGGAGAAAAAGCAGAGCUUAGAAGAUUUAAAGAUGGUAGAAUUGCAGAAAGCACAGUCUGGGAAAGUGAGCAAUGGGCAAGGCAUCUUAUUUUAAAAAGAAUAGCUGAGCAUGUACUUAGCCGGCAUCUUUGUCUAUCCAAGGAAAAUAUUGUAGUAGUUGUGGAUCAACUUGAUUUCUCUUUGGCACAUGGUGUUGUAGAGCCUAUAUCAUACAAUGGAAAAUUGCUUGAGGCAUUUGAUACUCUAUCAAAGCGGCUGCGUCUUAUUGAAGACCUCCCUUUGAAGGUUUCUAGUGUACAACCUUUAGACUCUGCUUUCAGGUUUACGUCAGUCUUCCCUCCUGAACCUCACCUUCUAGCUAAUGAGAAAAUCGAAUCUCUCAGACUGAAUAAGGUAGUUCCGUCUUGCAUUCAACCACUGGAAGUUAUGAUUCAGCUGGAAGGUUCUGGAAACUGGCCAAUGGAUGAAAUCGCUAUUGAAAAAACAAAAUCUAGUUUCCUUAUUCAAAUUGGAGAGAGUCUUCAAAAGUUGUGGGGGGUGACAUGUACUGCCACUGAGAACGAUGUGGAUGUGCUAAUGUCAGGAUAUGCAUUUCGUCUUAAAAUAUUGCAUGAGAGGGGCCUUAGUUUAAUCAAAAGCGAAGUUGGGAAUGAUCAAUCAAAGAGGGUACCUUCUACUGACAAGAAACUUUUUAUCCGUAGUCAGCAUGCUAGCAUGAUCAAUGGAUUACAAAGUCGUUACCCGAUAUAUGGACCAGUAGUUAGACUUGCAAAACGUUGGGCUGCUUCACAUUUAUUUUCAGCUUGCUUGGUAGAGGAGGCUACUGAGCUAUUGGUUGCCUAUCUCUUUCUGAAUCCUUUGCCAUUUGAUGCUCCCUGCUCACGGAUUACUGGGUUUUUAAGGUUCCUGCAGUUACUCUCAAACUACGAUUGGACUUUUUCUCCCCUUGUUGUCGAUAUAAAUAAUGACUUGAACCAUAGUGAUGAGAAAGAAAUAAAUGAGAACUUUUUCCAUAGUAGAAAAAGUCAGGGAGCGAAUGGACAGAAUGUAGGGCCAGCGAUGUUCUUAGCCACAGCUUAUGACAAAGCAUCUGAGGCUUGGACUGGAUUAUCACCUAGUACACUGGAGCUUAAAAGGUUAGCUGCUUAUGCCCGAAGCAGUGCAAAUUUGCUGAUGAAACUCACAUUUCACAAAGAGAUUGGUCCAUAUAGAUGGGAGUGCCUUUUUCGAACUCCUCUAAACAAUUACGAUGCAAUAAUUGUUCUCCACAAGGACAAACUCACAUAUCCGCAAAGACUUCUCUUCACAUCAGAAGUCGAUCAUGGAACACAAGUUGCUAAAGGACAUGCUAGCAAGUUUUUCCAACCCUUUCUGUUGCCUAAAGAUUUGAAGGGCAGGCCAGAGGAACUAAAAAAUAAGUUGCUGGUAGAUUUUGAUCCAUCAAGGUGCUUUAUCAGAGAUUUGGAGGCAAAGUGGUCCACCACAUUCCAGGUAUGGCAUGAUUCUCUAGGAGGUGAUGUCAUUGGCCUGACAUGGGGGAAAUCAAAUUCUUCCAAGAAGAGGAAGCAAGAUGAAGUAGUUGAGGAAGAGCAUAACCCUCACAAGGUUUUAAAAGCAGUGGGUGAAGUUGGAAAAGGAUUUGUGAGGAGUAUAUACUUUCUUAAGCCUCCAAGGCUCAUGAAUUAGUCUUGUUUUGGUUAUAAGCACGUAUAAUUAUAAAUGAGAGAAUUUUGUCCUAGUCUCUAGCUAAUUUGAUUAAUUAGAAAAUUAAAUUUUACUAAGCAUGGUGGAAGCGACUGUACGCAAGAUUGGUAUUUCUAUAUGCUUCUCUCCACCACCUUCAUAGUUGGACACCCCAAAAAGGGAAGAUAAGAAGUUCUUGAUGCAGUGAUUCUCUUUGGUAAAGAAGCUGAUGUGAUAUUGGUUGCACUGACUCUCCUGAUACAUGGCGUCAAAGGCCUGUGAAUGGUGCAAGUGUAACUAUUGUAUUGCGUGGUGUUUUGAGCUGAGAAGCCUGAGAUAUCUAGACACGCACCUUUAGAUCUUGUUUGUGACUAUAGUCUCAAUUUUGCCAGUACAUUAAGGAACCGAUUAUUUUUGUAUAUUUGAAAGGAAUGUGGUAAAAUGUUGUAUCUCAAUUUACUUGAAAAUAUGAAAAAUUUGAACUACCAUGCA